GGAAACAUCUCUGCCCGAUACUCCAGCAAACAUCCAGCAAGCAUUUUAUAUCCCCUCAGGGAUACCAUGCAUCCGGCAUAAUGUCAGCUGAAGUUGCAAUUCAAAAGUUCUCUUUCCCAUUUGCCUGUGCUGCACGCCUUUCUCAGCAAGAUGAGGUGACCCAGAAGGGAUGCAUACAGGUGAAAACCCUGGACCUUCAUGAGGUUCAGGAGAAUCCCAUCUUAAGCAAUCCAAGCUCCAUUACUGUUAGAGGAGCUCAAGCGCACAAUGAGAACCAGGCACAGGAGAGUCUCGAGCCUCCUCUCAGUGGAGAUGUGGUAGCAGCCCAGGUCCUCGUCUGUGGUGAAGCCUCCCAGAGUACUGCGUUCUCCAGGCGGUGCAUGUUCGAGAAACUGGCAGUAGAGAGCGAGGACCAGCGUCCCGCUGCGAAGAGACAGCUGUCGUCUGAGAGCGCAGCUAGAACCAUCACAGUGGUGAAAAAGAGUGCAGUGAGGAAGGAGGCAGAUGAACCACGACGCUUGCAGCAAAAAGCACACCUGGGACAGUGGGUGAGACCGUGUGCUACUGUGACAGUGAAGAGAAAGCACCGAAAGGACCUCUUCACCAGCUCAGACGUCUUCCACAGGGUUGACUCAUUUGUCAUCAGGGCUGGAGCAGAGCUGAAAGAAAAGCGUGUGUAUGAUGUGAAAACAAUUGUAGAACGCAUCACAAAGGAAGCCAGAACUGAGCUGGAGAAACUUCGUGCCAUCUGGGUCUGGCUGUGCCACAACAUUGAGUAUGAUGUGAGUGGGUACCUCGGCCACUCAGAGAAGCUGAGUUCAUCAGAAGAGGUGAUAGCGGCCGGCCGGGGUGUUUGCUGCAGCUACUCCAACCUUUGUACAGAGAUGUGCAAAGAGGUGGGCAUCGAGUGCCAAGAAGUGCCGGGCCACAGUAAGGGCAUAGGGUACCGUCAGGGCCAAAGCCUCAAGCAUGUGAAAUCUGAUCACCUGUGGAACGCUGUGCUUCUGGGAGGACAGUGGUUCCUAUUGGACGCCUGUUGGGGAGCGGGACGGGUGGAUAUGGAACAUGAAAGCUUUGUGAAAAGGUUUGAUGAUUUCUAUUUCCUAACGGACCCGGAGGAAUUCAUCGAUUCGCACUUCCCUGAUGAGGAGAAAUGGCAGCUCCUGGAUGUCCCCAUCUCCCUGGAGGAGUUUGAGAGGAGGGUCUUCAAGACCUCAACCUUCUUCACUAUGGGGCUCAGGCUGAUUCAGCCACAUCACUGUCACAUUGUCACAGAUGAUGGUGAGGCAAAUGUGUCCCUUGGCUUCUCAAAGCCAACAACCUUUACCUAUGAGAUCACACAGCACCAAGACCUACUCCACUGUGGUGCCUCGGAGCAGAAAGAGUCUAUCAACUCCUCAUUUGGCAUCCUAACUGUCUCCCAUCGGAGCAUGAAGUUGCAGCUGCUGCCACCUGCCAGUGGAAUGUAUGAUGUGAAGGUGUUUGCUAGACCUGAAGCAGCUGCCACACCUCUGGUUUGGGUCUGCUCCUUCACAGUUGAGUGUCCUACCCCCAGAGCAAUGGAGGAGAUCCCGGAGAACCCCUUCUUGUCUUGGGGCCUGCAGCCAGUUGCAGGAUCUCUUGGUGUCACAGGCAGUAGCCAGAGCAGUGAGGUUGCCGAGGUGGAAGGAGGUGUCUUUGAUUUGGUGCUGAAGACCUCCAGGCCUCUGAUGAUGCUGUGUGAACUGGUCCACCCAGAGAUGGAAGCUGCCGUAGCCAAACGCUGCCUGGCUACUCAGAUUAAACCAGACACCCUAACAUGCCACGUCCUGUGCCCCUUGCAUGGCUUCUACCGCCUGUCAGUGUUCGUGCGGGACUACGAGAAAACAGAAGUCAAGUUCCAGAACACUGCAAACUUCCUGCUGCACUGCAGAGGGAAGGUGUUUAGUCCUCAUGAGCUCUUCCCUGCUAACCUGGGCUCAUCAUGUGGCCCCGGAACCCGGACGUCAGAGGCAGGACUGUCCAAAUUCAGUCAUACAACAGCGGUGGUGAUUACCCAGCAAGGCAAGUGUAACAUCACCUUUCACAACCAUCGCGACCUUGAGCUUCAUACUGUACUCAGCAAAGAAGAGGAAAGACCAGCAGAUUUUCCACUUUCACGCUACCUGUUCUGCACAUGCACAGACACAAAAGUGACAGUGAGCAUUAGCCUGCCUGAUGCUGGGGUAUAUCGGCUGGGCCUCUAUGCUAAGAUAACCCCUGGUGGGGAUUUUAACCCUAUGUGUGACUUUGUUUUGAGGAACAUCUGCGAUCAGCCAGGGCUUCCAUUCCCCUGCGUCUAUUCUGCCUGGAGGAAAGGCUGCGUUCUCUUCGAGCCCCGUGUGGGCCUGCUAGAGCCCACCUCGUGGGUUCGCUUCAGGGUGCGGGUGCCAGGGGCCCAGAGGGUAAGCGUGGUGGGUGAGACGCGGACUGAUCUGAAACUGAACAAGAGCAGAGUCUGGGAGGGGGACGUUUUCAGUGGAAAUGGUCUACAGGUUCUAAAACUGGCUGCCUCCUUUGGGGAUUCCAGUGACAUGGCUGUUCUGAUGACCUUUGACAUCAAGCAGCAGGAGAAAGAAGUGUGAAAUCAAAAGGGGGGCCUACUGAAGUAGCAGAUAUGGACUAAAGCAAACCACACACAGAAUGCUUGCAAAUAAUUCAAACUGUGAGUCAUGAUCUUUCAGGUUUAACUGCAUUAACACUGUAUACAUGGAGGUAUGUUCAGGCCUGUCGAAAUGAAGUGUACAGUAACAGGAAAAAAAAACAAACCACGUGGGAACCGCUGGAAAGCAUUAGCAGUAGCAGCAGAUUAGCAAUAAAUUUAAAUGUAAAAUUAAAGGUAAAAUCAGGUGCGAGUGGGGACAGCGAUCCUUUAAAACCUGACUUUCACAACACAUAUUUAGGGAACCGACUUAUAGCACAAAUUAUGAG